AUGCAGCUCUCAAGCAUCUUCACUCUGCUGGCCGCUGGCCUGGCUUUCGUCGCUGCCGAAGAGGGCACAACCACCUCGACCUCGACCAUGACCAAGACCGUUACUAUCACGCAAUGCAACCCGACCUUGACCGACUGCCCUGCCCGAAGCACGUCGGCUCCCUCUUACAGCGCUUCCUCGAUUCGCUCGUUCCCUCUGUCCAACUCUACCAGCACUGCCUACCCGACUGCCUACUACAACACCAGCAGCACCUACGUGGCCCCUUCUUCUUACCCUGUGGUUACCCAGACGUAUGUUGUCGUUCCAACUGCGUCUGAGUCUGAGUCUGCGUCUGCUUCCUCCACCGCUACCACCGUUCCUCAAAGCGGAGCUGGUGGCCUCCUUGUCCAGUCUGGGCUCUUGCUGGGCGUUCUUGGAGCUGGUGUUGCCCUGUUGGCAUAG